AUGAACAACGUAAACCUCGCUUCUUUCUUCAUACCAUCAGAUCUACACAAGGAUAUCACAGAGAAGCACGAAAAUCAGCUUAGAGCACCUCCUCCAGGUCUCCGUUUACCUGAACGACUUCACGUUUAUAGAGAGCUAUACCCUCUCGAUGACGGUACUGGUCCAGCUUUGGGCCUCGCCGGCUUAACUACAUAUGCCUACAGGGCAACAAGCGAAAGAGAUGGUAGCAGGUUUUGCCUAAGACGCGUAGAAGGUUUUAGAUUGACGUCUCAGGAACCGCUGAGUGCAAUAGACAGAUGGAAGCGCCUCAAACAUCCAAAUAUCGUACCAAUCGCUGAGGCUUUCUCAACUAGAGCUUUCAAUGAUUCGUCUCUUAUCUUGUCAUACGCUUACUACCCAAAUUCGCAUACUUUAGCAAACUUGCAUUCACCAAAUCCAUUGAAUCCUUCACCACCGCCACUUUCCGAGAAGCAAAUGUGGACUUACUUGCUUCAAAUAGUUUCAGCUCUGAUGUACGUUCAUAAUCAAGGUCUUGCAGUCAGAUGUUUGCAUCCCUCAAGAAUUUUGGUUUCAUCAAAGAAUAGGAUAAGGCUCAAUUGUCUAGGUGCCUUAGAUAUUUUAGCUUAUGACGAUUUCGCUAAUGUAAAUCUACAACAACAAGAGGAUCUCGUUAGUGUUGGUACUCUGUUAUUAAGUUUAGCUUUGGGUAACAGCAAGGCUGUGACUUCAAAUCCAACUAAAGCAAUUGAAUACUUUUCUAGACAAUAUGGCCCUGACCUUCAGAGAAUUGUCUUAUGGUUAUUGGGUAACAGAAGUCCAUUAAAAACAGCUGAGGAACUAUGGAGUAUGAUAACCAAGAUAAAUCCCGGAAUAGUUGCUGAAGUGAUUGAUUCAUCCCUUACCGCUAAUGAUAGGCUUGAUAAUGAGUUAUCAAAAGAGGUUGAAAACGGCAGACUUGUUAGAUUAUUAUGCAAGUUCAAUUUUAUUAAUGAAAGAGCAGAGUUUGAUUUUGAUCCUCGUUGGUCGGAGACUGGUGAUAGGUACAUUAUAAAACUCUUUCGUGAUUAUGUCUUCCAUCAAGUUGACGAGAAUGGUAAACCAGUACUUGACAUGUCGCACGUAUUAGUUUGCUUAAACAAGCUCGACGCUGGUGUUGAUGAGAGUAUCAUGUUGAUCUCACGCGAUGAGCAAUCUUGCUUGGUUGUCUCAUAUAAGGAAGUAAAGCAAUGUGUAGAAUCGGCAUUCAGGUGA